UUGUUCUUUUUUUUUUUAGCUAGCGGCUAUUCUGGUCUCUCUUUUUUUCUAAACCGUAACUUGAAGUAUUAAGAAGGACAAGCUCAAGCAUGCCUGCUGUUGUUUGACUUGAGAUCAAGCAGGGGAAUAAAACAAAAGCCUGCCCGAACUUGAAAUGACUGUUUAGAGACGUGAUGCCGACAGAUUAACGGUAUUUGCUGUUAGCAUGGAAAACGUUUUCCUGAACCUCCCUCGUGCUCCUCCGCAGCAACGGGGGCGGAACCGGAGAGGAGUGACGGCUCUUUGAUCUGUUUCUUCGAGUAAAGGCAAAACCAGUCGAAGAUGCCAUUUCACGAGGGAGUCUACUACCCGUACACCAGUGACACCCAGGGGACCCACUCGUCAGCUGGGAUCCCCUCUCUUCUGAAUUCUCCUCUCAGCCAGAACAUUGUAAACGGCCACACAGCAUCAUCUGCACCAGGCAUGACUCCGUCCAGCACCACCUCCGCCUUUCUCCCUUUCAAGUUCCGCCCACGCAGAGAAAGCGUGGACUGGCGGCGGAUCAAUGCAGUGGAUGUAGACUUAGUAGUGAGCCAGCUGGAUGUGGAUGCCCUUCAGGAGCACAUCAGCAUGGUGACCUUCUGCAGCUUGGAGGGGGAGCGAUGCCAGCGGUGCCAGACCCCCGUGGACCCAGCUCUGCUGAAGCUCUUGCGCCUUGCUCAGCUCACGGUGGAGUGGCUCCUCCACUGCCAGGACUUUCUCUCCCUUAAUCUGCGUGCGGCGGAGGAGAGGCUGUCGGCCACCGCCAGGGAGCGUGAGCAGCUGCUGGUUCAGCAGAAGAAGCAGGAGGAGAAGGUGAAGGCGCUGACUGCAGAGCUCAAGCAGCGAAAGAAGGUUAUUCGCACCCAGCAGUCGCUGCUCGCCCCACGAAUCAUCAGCAGCCACAAGUGCCUGCAUUGUGAGAAAUCGUUCCUCAAUGCCUCCUUUCUGCAGAAUCACAUGCAGCGGAGGCACCCUGAUGAGUACGAGAGCAAGCUGAACUCCCACAGUGAGCAGAAAUCUGAGAUUAAUAGUCUCAAAUUGGAGAUCAGCAGUCUGAAGGAACAGAUUGUUCAGCAACAGCAGGUGUUAGAAGCCAAAAUAGCUCAGGAACAAGAACAACAAUCGAUGCACAAAGACCUGUUGAGAGAAUUGGACCGUUUUAAGGCCGAGGAGAUGGCGCGCAUGGACAGAAAGAUAGAAGACAGCAGGGACGGCAUGCGCAGAGAGAUGGAAUUUCUUUACAACCGAAAUAUUCAGGCUCUCAAUGAAGUAAAUCAGAAUCAGACAGCCAAGCAUGAAAGGUCAGCCAGCCCUGUGCACUCACAGCCAGAGAGAGAUGUGGACAUGUACAAAGAGAUCCAAGCCAUCCAAAAGCUGGAACACCAGCUGAAGAAACAGGAUAAGAAGUGGGAAUCCAGACUGCAAGAAAUGAAGGUUCAACACGAGUCUGAAAAGAAUCAGCUGCUGAAUGAGCUGAGCAAAAUGCAGUCGUCUUUAUCAGAGUACCAGGAGCAAAGCCAGAGGCAGCAGCAGGAGAUGAGGAAGAGGCUGCAGGAAAAGGAGCAAACCAUCAAGGCUCAGAGGGAGCAGAUAAAGACCAUUUCCUCAAAUCCACCUACAAAAGUAGCUGAAGUACCAGUCACUGUCAGUCCUCCAGCUUUGGAACCUAAACAAAGAAGAAUUGUAGUCGAGGAGCCAGUCUCUGUUCUUAAGCUGGAUCCUAUUCAGGAGGUGUCAGAAGAGGAGAAAGACUCGAGCAGCCAGUCAAACAGAAAGGUGGUGGAGAAGAAGCCUGAGCCGGCUCCAGAGAAGAAGCCAAGGGUGAACACAAGCGUUUUGAAAAGGAACUCCAACAUAAAGAGAGAGAUACAAGCAGAGCUUGAACAGGCUCUGAUCAAGAAGCUGGAGAACUUGGGGGUCAAGCCUGAUCAGAGCGGUCUAAAGAACAAGGAGCUCACUGCGAUUCUGUCCAAGCUGGAUUCAAAGCGGGAGAGUGUUGCAAAGUCGAUGUCUGGCUACUGGAACCACCGGGAAGAGAUAAAGAGCAUUGUGGAGCAGAAGCUGGGUGCUCAAAGCACCAGCAAUCCUGCUGCAUACUCUCAGCCUAGAUCCAGACACCCUGUUCAAGUGUUGCAGAUCCGCCCUCGCUCCAGCAGCCUGCCCUCCAGAGCCAGCCAGGGGGCGUCUGCUUCUGCAAUCAGACAGCCUAAGACCCCUCAGCCAGCACCAAGGACCAAGGCCACCGCCCAAUUCAAGACCUCUACACCCAACUCCAAGACAGCCUUAAAGAGCUUUGCUACCAAGACUCCUCCCUUCAGUUCAGAGGAGGAAUCUGAGGAUGAUGUCACAGAAGAGGAUGAGGAACAGCCCCUAAAACACCAGCAGGGGAAAUCACCACAACCCAGAUUUAACCAAGCAACCCAAAUCCAAACUAGAGCUGACAAAGCCAGUCCUGUCCAGGACAGGCAGGCUAUUUUCAGGCAGUCGCCUAUCUCCAACAUUCAGUACUCCAAAGUGGGUGGUGUAACCAAGACUGCGGUCACAAAACUAAAGAGCGAUGAAGAGGAAGAUGAUUGGUCAGAAGUCAGCGAGCAGCAGGAGACUGACCUCCAGAAUUACAAAGACCAGAACGGCAAUGUGGAGAAGAAAAACCACGGGAAAGAAAACAAAAUCAGUGACCUGGCGAGAAAAAUGGAGAAGCAGUUUGCUGAGAGAGCAGUCAAGAAACCACCCGGUGGCGUUAGCGUCUUACCAGAGAGGGCGGAUGAGGUUCAGGAACUCAGUUACACAGAUCUAGAGGAGAGCAGCGAGUGGAUGGUCUCCUCCUUAGAGGACCGACGGGAUAUGUCAAAACCAGCCCAGGAUUCAGGACCAAUGAGGAAAAGCCUGGAAUCACGAAGCACUAGUGUCUGGGGAACCCCCACAGAGAAGGGUCUUAAAUCAGGUCUAACUGAAGCUGGAACAGGAAGCACGCUAAAGAGCAGCCUGUGCUCCCUGAGUGACAUCAGUGACUCUGAGGACAUCAGCUGAUCACACAAAGAAACCUCAGCCACCUCCUCUGGCAACUACAAUCAAUCAUAAAAAGCCAUAUUAUAAAAGCUGUAAAUAGAGGAAAGCAAUAUUUCACAAAGGUAGCUAGGAUUCAGAGGUUGGCAUAGAAAAGGUGGCCAUCUAAUCAAUACCAUAGACCUCGAAACUCUCUUCUUGCCUUAGUCUUUUUUACUGUUUAUCUUUUAAUAGAUUGUCUUCUGUUUUUCUUGUUUCGUUUUUUACUCAUAUACAAUCCAAACUUUAAAUGAGAUACUGAUUUUGGUACUGUAUGUAGAGUGGGUACGAUUUUGUAUAUCCCAUUUUAUAAUGUAUGUGACUUUGUAAAUAAAAUAUUUAUACAA